AUGAUGGAAGACCUGGAUGACGGCCCCGACUUCCUCUCAGAAGAGGACCACGGACUUAAAGCAAUAAAUGUAAAUCUUCAAAGUGAUGCUGCUCUGCAGGUGGACAUUUCUGAUGCUCUUAGCGAAAGAGAAAACUAUGCAGGUUACGCUAUCCCACCAGCACCACCAAGACCUGAUUUUGAUGCUUCAAGGGAAAAUCUACAAAAGCUGGGAGAAGGAGAAGGGUCCAUGACGAAGGAGGAAUUCACAAAGAUGAAACAGGAACUGGAAGCUGGAUAUCUGGCAAUAUUCAAGAAGACUGUUGCAAUGCAUGAGGUAUUUCUGUGUUGUGUGGCAGCACAUCCUAUUUUAAGGAAAGAUUUAAAUUUCCAUGUCUUCUUGGAAUAUAAUCAAGAUUUAAGUAUGCAAGGGAAAAAUAAAAAAGAGAAACUUGAAGGUUUCUUUAAAAAUAUGGUUAAAUCAGCAGAUGGAGUAAUUGUUUCAGGAGUAAAGGAUGUGGACGAUUUCUUUGAGCAUGAACAAACAUUCCUUCUAGAAUAUCAUAACCGAGGUAAGGAUGCAUUUGCUAAAUCUGAUAGGAUGACAAGAUCCCACAAAAGUGCUGCAGAUGAUUACAAUAGAAUUGGUUCUCAUGCUUUAGGAACUCAGGAUUCUACAGAUAUAUGCAAGUUUUUUCUCAAAGUUUCAGAACUGUUUGAUAAAACAAGAAAAAUAAAAGCACAAGGGUACAGUGAGCGAGAGACAGAGAUGCAGAGUGUGGAGAAGAGACUGUACAACGACAUGACCACUGCUGGGCCGUCGAGCUACAUCCAGCUAGAUCUGGGGCGGAGAAGACACUGCUUCCCUAAAUGCCCUCCGAGACCAUCGGACCCACCCCUGCCCUAUGCCCCACAGCAUGCUGGUUUGUGCUGCUUCCUGGAACAGGCCCUUGCCCUUGCCCAGGACGCAUCAGGUCCUAGGGUCAUGUCACCCCUGCCUUCACCACUCAUGAGCGUCAAGCCAGGCCCAGAGCCCUGA